AUGACGAUUAAUGUUAUUUAUUCCCCAGGAAAUGCAUAUCACAUGUCCAGGAAAGAAAUAAUCGACUGGGUCAAUGAUACCCUUCAUACAAACAUCGUCAAAAUUGGCGAGCUCGGCGAGGGAUCUCAUUAUUGCCAAUUGCUUGAUAUGAUCUUCCCCGACCUAGUUCAAAUGCGAAAAGUUAAAUGGAAUUGCAAGCACGAAAUCGACAAAAUCAACAAUUUCAAAGUCUUGCAAGAAGCCUUCAAGCUCGCUGAAAUCGACAAGAAAAUUCCGAUUAAUGACUUGACAAAGAAACGAUUUUGA